AUGAAAUGCAAUGAACAAGUCGUGGCUCUUGUAAUGAGUUUAACAAAUGAAGUCAACGAAAAUGAAAGCAGCAGUUUAAAAGUUGUAUUGGAGGCUAUUAACGAAUGUGAAAGACAAAAGUGUGAUUUUCACUCACGGUUUGACCAAUUUGAAUUUGUAUUACAAUGGUAUUGGUGGUGCCGGUGCUACAUCUAUUGCUGAGGCCAAAGGUCAAAGUCAACAAGACGCUAACCAAUCUGGAUUUGUCUGACAAUGGUAUGAGUGAAGCCGGCGCAACAUCUAUUGCUGAGGUAAUCAAGUUCAAC